AACGUUACGAGUUCUUCAGUUUCUCAGUUCUCCAAACGACAACUUCGAGCCAAAACAAUGGCGGCUACUACAUUGUACAAUUCCUGUCUUCUUCAACCGAAGUAUGGCUUCACCACUCGCCGCCUAAACCAGUCUCUCGUUAACUCUCUUACGAACCCAACAAGAGUUUCGGUUUUGUGGAAGAGUCGUAGAGAUGUUAUUGCGAAAGCUUCGAUUGAAAUGGCGGAAUCGAAUUCGAUAUCUUCCGUUGUUGUCAAUUCCUCUGGUCCUAUCAUCGUGAUUGAUAAUUACGACAGCUUCACUUACAAUCUCUGCCAGUAUAUGGGAGAGCUAGGGUGCCAUUUUGAAGUUUACCGCAAUGAUGAACUUACAGUUGAGGAGCUGAAAAGAAAAAAGCCAAGAGGAUUGUUGAUUUCUCCUGGACCUGGUACCCCUCAAGACUCUGGGAUUUCCUUGCAAACUGUUUUGGAACUCGGACCACUUGUUCCUUUAUUUGGAGUAUGUAUGGGUUUGCAGUGUAUAGGAGAAGCAUUUGGAGGAAAGAUUGUGCGGUCACCAUUUGGUGUUAUGCAUGGGAAAAGCUCAAUGGUUCACUAUGAUGAGAAAGGAGAAGAAGGCUUGUUCUCUGGAUUAUCCAACCCUUUCCUUGUAGGUAGAUAUCACAGUCUCGUGAUCGAAAAAGAUUCAUUUCCUAGUGAUGAACUCGAGGUUACAGCAUGGACAGAAGAUGGUCUGGUUAUGGCUGCCCGUCACAGAAAGUACAAGCAUAUACAGGGAGUUCAAUUUCAUCCGGAGAGUAUUAUAACAACCGAAGGCAAGACAAUUGUUCGCAAUUUCAUCAAACUCGUAGAGAAAAAGGAAUCUGAGAAGCUGGCAUAGGCUUAGCCUGAAUGAGAAAAUCAGCUGUGUUCGAUUAGUGCUUCCCUGUAAUAAUGUCUGCCAAUGCAAAAUGUUCCUUGGCAUCUUACCAUUGUUUCUACCCGGAAUGUGUCUAGUUCUUUCAGUUCAGGACGAAUCUGGAAAGGCUCGAUAGUAUUCAGUGCUGUUGGAACAUAACAGUACAUGAGAUAAGAUCUAAUCAGAUCUCACUUUCUUAUUGUCAUACUGGCUUUCCUUGGUCUAAUUCACGGUUGUGGUAUAUAUAGUCAUCUUGCAAGUGAACAAGUGACUAGAACAACUUGAUACGG